UACCUGAAAAUCCAGUGCCUUAUAGAUUAGAUUUUAGGAAAGAUGUAUGCAUAAAAUAUUUGAGUUCCCCUGCCUGUGAGAGGCCUGAAUGCGUCUUCUUUCUCUGCAGACAGAGCACACGCCUCCUUAUGAUGUAGUACCGUCCAUGCGACCGGUGGUCCUAGUGGGCCCUUCUCUGAAGGGGUACGAGGUCACAGACAUGAUGCAAAAAGCACUGUUCGAUUUUUUAAAACACAGAUUUGAAGGGCGCAAACUCACUGAGUUCUACACACUGUCCUUGUUCUCUCCUGUUCGUUCACAUCUACUUGAGUUACACUUUCCUUGCUACUGAAUUCCUUGAGUGUUC